AUGCCUUCUUCGAGAUAUGAUCCAUUGCCAGGAAGCAUUCCGCCAGAUUCGAAAAAUAUUGAGGUAGGAAUUUUGUAGGGUACUGUAGAGUACUGUAUAAGGGGUAGUGUUUAUGAAAAAUGAAAUUUUAAAUUCAGAAUUUAUAAAUUAAAAUAUUUUAUUUGAAAAAAAUUCAAUUUUUCAUCAAAACUUCAAUUUCAAACUCGAUCAACUAAAAGUAUUUCCAGCAAUAUCCUGUCACAAAACCGGCUCCUGGACAACUUCCAAAUCGAAAUCCAACAUCACCUUCAAGAACAGUUUUAAUACCAAAAAAUGAUCCAUCCUCUUCAAAUUCUCAACCAGCUUUUCCUCUUCCAAAACAUCCAAUUGGCUCAAUUGAACCUGAUGAAGGAGGAAGAAAAUUUGCAUCUCUUAUUCAUCAAAAACAUUUAUCCGAUCGUGAAAAGAUUUUGGUUGAUGCUUUGAACAAAUAUAAAAAUAUUGGAUUCAAAAGAGGUUUGUGAGAAAGAACUUCAGCUUGGCUUAAGGUUCUUCGAACUUUUUCUGAAAAAAUUAUCAAAAUCCAGUUUUCCAAAUUUUUGACAUCAGAAAUGUUUUUCUAGUAAUCGCCAAAUAUUUAUUGCUGCUCAUAUUAUGCAUUUGUGGCAUAAUGUUCACAAUUUAUUCAAUUGGCUGUUGGUCAGCACAUUUAGAAUUGAUUGAACAUUUAGAAGUGUACGAUGAGAGAUACAUGAAAAAACAUCAGAGAUCAAAAAAUGCAAGUUCUGUCGAUAUGGAUUGUCCAAUUAUUGGUGUGAUUGAUAAAUUUUGGACACCCAAUAGUUCGUAUGUAGAUCUUUUUGGCAAAAUAUUAUCGAUUAUUUCGAUCAGAAAAAUUUUUCACGUGAGUUUCCUUGUUGUUAUUUUGAGAAAAAAAAAUUUUAAAAAAAAAAUCAAUUUUCAGCUGGUGCCAAAAUUAUACAAAGCUAUCAAACUUCGAACUGUUCCUCAAGAUGAGGCUCUCAAUAAAAUCGAUGAAACUCAAAAAGAUUUGCACGGUUUGGCCGAAUCAUUUUUGGAAACAAUUUGCGAAUAG